AUCUGGCAUCCGGGAGGGCCGGGGGGACUGCAUAUGCAAAGCCCUGAUUCAUAUUAAUGAGCAGCAAUCGUGGCUUUAAGUCCUUGAUUAGAAGAGUGCAAGAGCUUUUGGUCCCAACUGGCUGUGCCUAUAGGCUGUCACCGGGAGAACGGUCCUGUUAAUUGCACUGCUCAGUCACGGAAGGGAGAGAGAAGAGGAGGAGGUACAGAGAGAGAGAGAGAGAGAAAGAGGAGCGGAGACAGAGAAGCCAGAGUGAGAGAGAGAAAACUUUAAUUUAUAGAAGAGGUUUGCUCAAACGAUGAUCGCAGAGCGCACAUGGAUUCGGUAGAACUUUCGCUCCCUGAGUGUUUUUCCCUGCACUCCGAUCAACAGUAGAAUGAAUUUAUCAAAGGCCCAAGUUAAUAGCGAAGAUAAGUACGCCAAAUGCGGCGCUUGGAGAACACAACAGCAAUACGACAUCGAGGCCAGUCACAUGCGUGAUGCACAUGCUCUAUAUAACCAAAGGCUGCUCUGCAGAAUGUCCAGCAAGGACCGCCACAUUGAGUCGAGUUGCCCCUCCUACAUAAAGACGGAACCUUCCAGCCCCGCAUCACUGACGGACAGCGUAAAUCACCACAGCCCCGGCGGCUCCUCAGACGCCAGCGGUAGUUACAGCUCCACCAUGAACGGCCAUCAGAACGGUUUGGACUCACCCACUCUUUACGGCCCAACUGGUGCUCUGGGUCCCAGCGGAGCCGGAGCCAAGCGUUACGAGGACUGCUCCAGCACCAUCACAGAGGACUCGCAGAUUAAAUGCGAGUACAUGCUGAACUCCAUGCCCAAGCGCCUGUGUCUGGUGUGCGGGGACAUCGCCUCCGGCUACCACUAUGGCGUCGCCUCCUGCGAGGCCUGCAAGGCCUUUUUCAAGAGGACCAUUCAAGGCCUCGCCACAGGAAACAUCGAGUACAGCUGCCCCGCCACCAAUGAAUGUGAGAUCACCAAACGCAGAAGGAAGUCCUGCCAAGCCUGCCGCUUCAUGAAGUGUCUGACCGUCGGCAUGAUGCGAGAAGGUGUUCGACUGGACCGUGUGCGCGGCGGAAGACAGAAGUACAAACGCCGGAUAGAUGCGGAAAACAGCCCCUAUUUGAACCCUCAACUGGCUCUGCCGGCCAAAAAGCCAUUCCCCUUUGGCUGCCUUGCAGAUAACAAGAUUGUGUCUCACUUGCUGGUGGCGGAGCCUGAGAAGAUCUACGCCAUGCCUGACCCCACAGUGCCCGACAGCGACAUCAAAGCCCUGACCACGCUCUGCGACCUGGCGGACAGGGAACUGGUGGUCAACAUUGGCUGGGCCAAGCAUAUCCCAGGGUUUUCCACACUCUCGCUGGCGGACCAGAUGAGUCUUCUGCAGAGCGCAUGGAUGGAGAUCCUGAUCCUGCGUGUAGUCUACCGCUCUCUGUCUUUUGAGGACAAGCUGGUCUACGCUGAAGACUACAUCAUGGAUGAGGAUCAGUCCAAGCUGGCCGGCCUGCUCGACCUGAAUAACGCCAUUCUUCAGCUGGUGAAGAAAUACAAGAGCAUGAAGCUGGAGAAGGAGGAGUUCGUCACUCUUAAAGCUAUAGCCCUGGCUAACUCAGAUUCCAUGCAUAUAGAGGACGUGGAAGCUGUGCAGAAGCUCCAGGACGUGUUGCACGAGGCCCUGCAGGACUACGAGGCGGGCCAGCAUGCGGAGGACCCGCGCCGGGCCGGCAAGCUGCUCAUGACCCUACCGCUGCUCCGGCAAACCUCCACCAAGGCAGUGCAGCACUUCUACAGCAUCAAACAGGACGGCAAAGUGCCCAUGCACAAACUGUUUCUGGAGCUGCUGGAGGCCAAGGUCUAACUCCGCCCCCCCGGCCCGCGUUAUACCCACAGAGAGCUGGAGGGGGUACGUCACUGACUCCGCCCCUUCACCGGGCAGACACUGACUAACUCUCUGCCGCUGUUCGUGAAACCUUUGUCUAUAAACUUUAUCAAAUAAUAACUAAAAACAUAACCGUAAUGGUACUUCUAAUUACUGACAAUGAUACGUAAAUAUAAGAAUGAUUUAAAAUGUGAUUAUUGAGAAAAAUAUGAAGUGGGAAAAAAAUGACUGCUCUCAUUAUUCAGCAGUGGGACUUGAAACCAGCCGUUGACUUGUUCUUCUCGAAAAUCUGAUGCUGAGUUUUUUUGUGCUUUUGAAACAUUUUGUUGAUUUUCAAAAGAGAAUUACUGGAGCCGAGAAAGACCAGCCCUGCCAAAGGAAGGAGGUCCACCCAAUGGACACCAGCAAGAGAAACUUUCCCCAAACUGUACCGUCCAGCUUCCAUGUUGCUGAAGGAUUCGACCCUCUUUACCAUAAGAGUAGUGACUAUAUGCAGUAUUACAUUAGAGGUCCUCGGAGCAGUUUGACAACGCGAUAGCCAAACGGAGAUUUUGAAGAAGCUGCUCCUCACCAUUAUGUAGCCAUGCGGAUUGAUCAUGUGUGUGUCACUCCCUUGUCCUUUUCUUUCAAGUCUUCCAAACACGUCUAGCCUCUUUUAAUGAUUUCAUUUCAAUCUUUUCAGGGAAUAGCCGAAGCUUUAGUCUCUCAUGCAAUACUGAGCAAAGAUGAAUCGCAGUGGUCAAGGAACAGACUCAUUUAUUUAUUGACUUUAUUUUAUUAUCUUUUAUUCAAGUGUAUUUGUACUGUACUGAAGGAUGUAAAUAUAUGGUAUGGUCAACAAACACAAUGUUUCUUCAUAUAAUGUUAAUAAUAGAUCGUUAUGUUUUUCUACCGACCACCGUGUUGCGCGAUUUACGAACCAUGAAGAUGAAAACCUGCUAUCUUCUCUAAGCAAUAGAUGUUUAAAAAAAGUGGAGGUGUAUAUGUAUGCAAUUUUGUUUGCUUUUUUUUUUCUCAGUGCCACACUUACUUGGGAAAACGAAUUUCCAGAAGCUUUCGCGUUUCUGUCUGUGCUUGUCAUAAGAUGAUACAUUACAUACACGAUGUGGCCAGGAGGACCAUAACCAUUAUCUCAAGUCAAUUAUAUAUGCAUAUAUAUUAACUUCAGCCUCGAAAUUCUAUUGGCGUUCUUUCAUACUGAAGCAGUAUUUGAACUUUAAGCGAAAUAGCACUUAGGGAAGACGGAGAAUCAUCGUAGAUUUAGUUUCACGAUGGUCCUGUUUUGUUUUGUUUUUUUGUCUUUUUUAGUGCCAGAGAUAUCAUACACGUGAUGUAAUCUUCUUCCAAAUGACAUUUUUAGCAGAGAGGCUCAAGUAUCAAAGCAAGCGAUCCACAGCCUUCAUCAGAAAUAUGUCAGUAUUAGUAUGGGGUAUUUUCUGAAUAUUCUUAAGCAUUGUAUAUUGUAAAUGAACAGAUUAAAAAUCUAACCUAAGACAUUUUAUUGGAACAGAUCAAAGAAAAAAAAAAGAAUGAAAAAUGAACAAAAAAAUGUAGUUCAGCUUCUUGGUGUUUCAUGUCUGCUGUGUUUUUUCUGAAACAUCUCAGUUUUUUUCCCCUUUCCUCUGUCACAAGCAAAAGAUGUAGUGUACUACCCGUGGAGAUCGCAGGUCUCGCUGUUUCAGUUUGUCUUCUCUUUCUUUUCUAAUUUUAGUUCAUUUUUUUAGAGACAGGGUAGAAUUAGAGACAAUACUGGAUGUAUGAAUCCUCAGGAGCAAGAUGAUGGGUUCUCAAAUAACCUUCUGAAAAUAGACUCUUCCUAGUUAACGCUAGAUCAACGAUCAAUAUAAUCUAUGCUGAUAUAUAAGUGAAUAUUUAAAAGGAGGUGCAUUAUAUGUACAAGAGACCAUCUGUGUAACUCCGAUCUUGUAGACUAACACUGUAUAUCAUAGGUUGCAAAAAUAGUACCUCUUUUUCUUUCUUUCCCCUCUUUUUCUGAUUUUACUUCUCUUUUAACAAAAUGCUGUACAUAAGGCCUUCAUGCUGAACUCCAUUGGUAUAUAUCUUGACUCUUUAAGGUUGCAAAGGGAAGAAACAUUUUUGUUUGUUUUGGUGUAAGAUCGGUUUUCAAAACUAUCACUUUGACUUUGUGUGCUUAAUAAAAAUUACGGAAAAAAAUCUGCAAGAACA